AUGCCUACGACUGAGCGGAACACGGAGCGCCGUCCGUCGCAGUCCAAGGCCAACCGUCUCUCCCAGUUCUUCUCAUCGUCCCCCAAGAGCAAGGACGGCCUGUCUGCACAGCAGGCUCUCCAAGCCAUGCAGCAACAGAAUGGCUCCUCGCCCCAGAUCUCAGCAGCCAGCCUGUCCCUGCCGACCAUCUCCCUCUCGACGGCUACUGCUGGAGAAGCCAACACCGACGAGGCCCCGACCACUCUUUUCCAACCCCCUUCGGCGUCCGAGUCAGACCAGCAGAGGCGUGCUGAGGCACAAUUCGGCCCUCUGCUCAGCCAGCGCCAUAGAUACGUCAGCAAGAGUUCGGGCGAGUCGCUCAAGGCACCGGUUCACGACGAGCCAGCCUACUACUUCGUCCUGACCACCUACAUCAGUUAUCUGCUCCUGAUCAUCUAUGGCCACACGCGGGACUUCUUCGGCAAGCGAUUUGGCGACAAGAAGCUGUACGCGUCCCUCAAAGCCGCCAACGGUUAUGCUCCCCUCAACGACGAUUUCGACAGUUUCUACACUCGUCGCCUCAAGAGACGCCUCGACGAUUGCUUUGCUAGAGUGACCACCGGUGUGCCCGGCCGCUUCAUCACCCUCCUGGACCGCAAGUCUGAUGACCAGAACCGCUCGUACCAGUACACCGGAACCACCACGCAGACCCUCAACAUGAGCUCCUACAACUAUCUCGGUUUCGCCCAGUCCGACGGACCUUGUGCCACCGCCGUCGAGGAGACUGUGCGCAAGUAUGGCCUCGGCUUCUGCAGCCCUCGAGCGGAUGCUGGCACGUCGGACCUUGUCAUUGAUGUUGAGCGGGAAAUUGCUGCUUUCGUCGGAAAGCCUGCCGCCAUGGUUUUCUCCAUGGGUUUCGUUACCAACGCGAGCUCCUUCCCUGCCCUCGUUUCCAAGGGUUGCCUGAUCAUCUCGGAUGAGCUCAACCACUCGUCCAUCCGUAUCGGUGCCCGCUUCUCAGGCGCCAUGAUCAAGUCGUUCAAGCACAACAACAUGGCUGAUUUGGAGAAGAAGCUGAGGGAAGCCAUCUCGCAGGGCCAGCCACGCACUCACCGUCCCUGGAAGAAGAUUCUCGUUGCUGUCGAAGGUCUUUACUCCAUGGAGGGCAACCUCGUUGACCUCCCCAGUCUGGUUGCACUGAAGAAGAAGUACAAGUUCUACCUCUAUGUCGAUGAAGCCCACAGCAUCGGCGCUCUGGGACCCCGUGGACGAGGUGUCUGUGACUACUUCAACAUUGAUCCCAGCGAGAUCGACAUCCUUAUGGGCACCCUCACCAAGUCCUUUGGCGCCAACGGUGGUUAUGUCGCUGCCGAGAAGCACAUUAUCGACAAGCUCAGGAGCACCAACGUAGCCACAGCAUUGGGAGAGUCUCCUGCUCCGUCUGUCUUGAUGCAAAUUCUCACCUCGCUCAAGCUCAUCACUGGCGAGCUCGUGCCUGGUCAGGGUGAAGAGCGGCUCCAGCGCAUUGCGUUCAACUCCCGGUACCUGCGGCUCGGACUCAAGCGUCUCGGCUUCAUUGUCUAUGGCCACGACGACUCUCCUAUCAUUCCGGUCGUGCUCUACAACCCCGGCAAAAUGAAGUCUUUCAGCGAAGAGAUGCUCAAGCGCAAGAUUUCCAUUGUGAUUGUCGGUUAUCCCGCAACUCCUCUGAUCAGCUCCCGCGCUCGGUUCUGCAUCUCGUCAGCUCACAACAAGGACGACCUUGACUGGCUCUUGGCUGCCUGCGACGAGGUUGGCGACAUCCUGCAGCUCAAGUACUCGACUGGUAUUGCCGGCGGUCUCGAGCCUCUGCCUCCAGGUGUCACCCCGGAAAUGGAGGAAGAGUGGAGGAAAGCCAACGGCCUGGAGGGCGUGAUCAAGCCCCCGAGGUGGAAGUUGGAAGAUGUCGUCGCCUGCACUGCUCGCGAUGUACAAUACAAGCUUCGGUAA